GUGUACGUGUGAUAAGCUAUUGACUAGGGUGGGGGUUAUGCCCAUUAAGAGUCCCUUUUAUGACGGAUGCCUAAUGUGCUUUGAAUCUCUAACUAACGCACCUAGGUAUUUUAUGGAACACCGCAUCUAACAGGUUUCGCAACAGCCUCCAGGCUAAUCAACCACUGUCUAUAUUAGGGUUUCCAAGGGAUGGAACUAACUUGCCAAUAGACUAGGUUGAUGUUAGACCAAAAUGCUGCGUUAAUACCAUAAUUUGGGUGAUAUAAUUGUUUUGAAGGAUGAGAUAUUGACUUUCUCUACAAACCCCCAGGUAGCCUGCAUCGUACUCGGUCUUAGCAUCCUCCAGGUCGAUUUCUCUUUUCCUCCUUUACCUUUCCAAGCCAUGGAAACUGUAGACAAUUAUGUUGGCCCUCCUUAUGACAUUCAAACGUUCGCAGACCUCGAUGGUGCGACAGGAGUGCACAACGAGGGCGAGCCAGAUGGCGUAUAUACUACUUUCUGGAAGUUCUAUCGGAAUGGAGAGGCAUAUUUCGGGCAAGUAUUCAAGCCUAGGCCCGAUGUCAACAUUGCAGAGGUAAAAGAAGCGAUGCGAAGAAUCCCGGACGUGGUUAUUUACCCGGAGAUACCUGAAGGAGUUAGCCUUAAGGAGAUGGCAACUGAAAAGCCCGAUAACGAGUUAUACAUCAAGAGACCUUCCCUUCUCACAUAUGAGACCUCCGACUCCCGCGGGUGGAUUCGUGACGUUUUCUUGGGAGAGGCUCAGAUCAUGGAGCAAGUCUCGAACAUCCACCACAAGAAUAUAAUUCGGUACCAUGGCUGCUUAAAGAGAGAUAGACGUCUAGCAGGAAUCGUUCUGGGGCGUCAUAAGUGCAGUCUCAUUGAAUUUUUCUCGUGGCAAAUGGACAAGGAUCAGGAUAAGAAUGGCACCAUAGACUCACAACGCUUCAUGGAGGAGCUUGAGUCGGCAAUCUUUCACCCGCACCAGGCCGGAUUGGCGCACAAUUACUUGAAACCAAGCAACGUACUACUAGAUAAAGAUAAUUUGCCAAUACUGAUUGAUUUUGGAUCCUGUCGGCCGUUUGGUGGAAGGCUAAUGGAAGGAGGGACACCCGGCUGGUGCAACCCCGAAAAGCUAGUGAUGUUUUCCGACAAGGAGCAUGAUCUUUUCGGCUUAAAUAGGAUUCGAGAGUGGCUGGCUGACCCUAACAGAGCGUUGAAUGGUUAAUUAGAGACCGAGGAAUAAGAGAUAUGUCGGACUGAGGAAGAUCAACUUGAGAAAGCUAACAACAUAUAACUAGGAUGAUGAUGGUAGAGUGGCAUAUCGUACUGUAUUACUGUAAUUAUAGAAGGGCAUGCGCUGAAGAACCCUGUAUUUAUAGGUGACUUUAGCGCUGGAAAAUUAAUGGUAGCCUUGGAAAUUUUAUAGCGCUUAUACCCAUAUAAAUACAGCGCAUUAUAGAACCCCACUGAAAUGCCCAGGGCUGUGGUUAUAGCGCAUUACAGUGGGUAGGUACCUACAGGGUGCUAUAUUUAUAGCUCUUCAAGCUCUGUAUAGCGCUGUAGUGCGUUAUAGUUAUAGUACUCUAAGCCCUAUAAAGCCCUAUAGCUACAGCGCUAUGACGUGCUGUACUGCAGCAAAUUUGAGCACCCUGCUGAAGCCCCCUAUAGUUACAGCACUUAUAGCC